GACGCUUAUGCAGUGUGGCUAUAAAGUGUGCACUGUGGAAGCGAGGUUCUUCAGUUUUGCUUUUAAUUAAAAACGUGCAAGAUGGUGCUCGAUCGUAAAACUAAUAAACUCUGAUCUAUAUAAACUCGGAUGUGGUAUAUAACGAUUCCUCUGUUUUUGUUGACCCCGCGGUCGUAGGGUGUUCCAUUCAAGUCCAAUUCUGUAGUUACCAACCGUUAGCAAAUCGGCAAUUAAAUGUUAUUUAAUAAUGUGCACCAGCGCGCGCUAUUUACUCAUUAAGAAUGUCCAUCAAAUAUAGCGCAAGAUUCAUCAAGGAUUUAUAGCUGUCAGCUGUAAACAACACCCUAAACACACUGAAAUUCUUGGAUAUACACAUAAUACAAUAAUUUGUGUAAACAUCGCAACGGUUUCUCAACCAUAACCUAAAAACGGCACGUGCACUUCGUCGCUUGGAAUACCCAAAGAGCACGAUAGUAACGGAGAGAGCCAGAGAGAGAGUGGGGAAUUUAAGGCGCAAGGAUUCACAUUUGACGACAUACCGAUAAAAAAAAAACAGCUGUUGCUGUUGCGCCACAGACCAUAAGCCAUGGCAACCACAGCACCUGCCCUGGUCCCGACCAGCAACGGGCAACAGUCGGUGCUGAGCAUCGAGACGACGCUGCAGCCGAGCAACAACUCGAACUUGAGCUCGGUUUCGAAUUCAAAUUCAAUUUCAAAGGAGGCGGCUGCUGCUGUUGUCGACAACAACAAGUCAACAUCGCCAAAGCCAAAUGCCACCAUGGCCACCAGCCUGAAGCUAAACAAAAUGGGCUCCGUGUCCACCAAGGAGAAGCGUGUCUACAAAAUUGUCCUCACUGGCGGUCCCUGCGGUGGCAAGACAACUGGCCAGAGUCGCCUGUGCACCUUCUUCGAGAAUCUUGGCUGGAAGGUGUUCCGCGUGCCUGAAACGGCCACUGUACUACUCAGCGGUGGAGUCAAGUUCUCUGAUCUGACCGAGAAAGAGGACCCACCCACGCCAACCACCUUCGUUUACAAAGAACUACCAUUUGCCGCACCGGAGCACAGUAUCAUCGAUCUGACCGCAUCCUGUCCACGUUGCCUGGCCAAGGCUGCCUCCAAGCCGAAUGGCAGCGAAGCUUAUAAAUUUCAGGAGAAUCUGAUACGCACCAUGGUGCAAAUAGAGAACACAUACUUUGAGCUUGGCAACUCGAGCACUCGCAAUUGCCUCAUCAUCUGCGAUCGGGGCGUCAUGGACGCCAGUGCAUAUAUAUCGAAAGACAAGUGGGAGAAAAUGAUGGCGGGCAACAAAUGGAAUCCGGUGGAGAUGCGCGACAAUCGCUACAAUCAAAUCCUGCACUUGGUAUCGGCGGCAAAUGGCGCCGAGGAUUUCUACUCCACAGAGGAUCACGCCUGUCGCUCGGAGGGCGUUGAAAUGGCGCGUGAACUGGACUACAAAUCAGCCGCCGCCUGGGUGGGUCAUCCCUACUUCGAUGUGAUUGAUAACUCCACCAAUUUUGAGGCCAAAAUGAAUCGUAUGAUUGAAUCCGUGUGCCAAAAACUGGGCAUUGAUAUUGGUGACCGCUUGCAAGCCACCUCAAGGAAGCUCAAAUACUUGGUUGCCUUUCUGCCGAAUGAAAGCGAGUUUCCGCCCUUCCAGGACUUUGAUGUGGUGCAUCACUAUCUGCAAUCUGCUGGUCCCAAAGUGCAGGCCCGUCUGCGCAAACGCGGCCAGAAGAACCACUGGAGCUAUAUACACACCCAGCGUCGGCCCAAUGUGCAUGGCCAGGCGCGAAUUGAGGUGAAGACACAGUUGACGCAUCGCGACUAUAUGAACCUGCUGGCGCAGCGUGAUGAUGCGCACUUUACCAUCUACAAGAAGCGACGCUGCUUCCUGAUCAACAAUCAAUAUUUCCAGCUGGACAUCUACAAGGAGCCAGGUCAUCCACGCUGCAAGGGCCUGGUGCUUUUGGAGACGUAUUCUUCCCUCUCCGGCGAGGCGUUAAAGAACUGCAUGCCCAAGUUCUUGAACAUUGUCAAGGAGGUUACCGGCGAUCCGGACUAUUCAAUGUUCAAUUUGUCCCUCCGCGAGGACUGGAGUACCACUAAAAAGUACUUCCGACCUACGACUCAUGCUAAGGGCGUCACAAACGGAAUUUCGCAUACCCCAUUGAUGCUCAAUGGGCAGUAGAUUUCUUUGACAGAAUCUUGAAUCUCUAUUUUAACACGUAUAAUAAACAAGCGACAGUUGUGCCCACACAUACACCAAGUACACCACACCAACACACACACAUAACUUACAAACACAUACACACACAGAUGUAAGCCUCAACAAAUGACCUGUCAACUAAAAAUAAGUGAAGUAUAAUUUUUUCAAAGCGUGUAAAUUAAAUUACUUAAAGCAAACACAGUUGCGACCUUUUGAGGCCCGUAACUGUGUUUGCCAUCAAUGUAUUCAAUCAUUUUUUUAUGCUCCACAUUGUUAAUUAUUUGCUCGUACUUAAAAGGAAAUGAUUGUACUCAAUGCGCGGAGUCUAGUUUAUAGUAUAUAUGUUAAUAUAUAAAUGACGCUCGAUUGUACUUAAUUUGCCUUGAUUUCUUUCAUAUUUUUUGUUCGUGCUGAUUUUGUAAGCCAUAACAAAUGAACUGUAUGUGUAUAUCUACGUUAAUGUGUAAAAUUCUUUUUGUUUCUAAGUUGGAUAUUGUGUGUCUAUACAGCACUUGCUAAUUUUAAACGUAACUUUUAGCUAAAUGUAAAGAAAAAAACAAAAUACAAAACAAUUCAAAAUAAGAACCUUGAGGCAAAUAUAAAUCAGCUAAAAUGAGACCACCAAAAACAUUA